AUGCACAGCGGAAAGGUAAUAGCUUUACUUUUGCAUGUAAACUCAACGUAUAGUUCUAUUUUCAGGAGAAAUUUUCGAGUCCGGUGGAGUAGAUGUAAAACGUUAGCUAUUUUGCUUAUUUGCAUGAGUUUAGUUGAAUAAAAAGGUGUUUUUGUUGUGUUAUAAUAACGUUGGUUUGGGCAUUUAGUAAACAAAGCUAAUUUCUGUAUUCAGAAACUAAACAAGGAAGACACAUGGAGACCAGCUGAGCUGAGAAGACACAUCAGGGUAAGUUAACAGCACAAUAGAAAUCUAUGAUUCUGGCUCAUUGAUACCAAUAAACGUAAAUACACGAAUUUUUCCCUUUUUAGGAGGAAGGCCCAGGGGACGACUAUGUCAGAAGACGAGAUGACUCUGAGAGAAAGCACAGAGGUGGAGAAUCAACAGAGAGGCGUCCAAGAGAUCCAGAGAAGGAGUCCAGAAGAGAGAGAGAGAAAUAUAGGGAAAGAGAGAGUACAAGGGAAAGAAGACAUGAGGUAGAAAAUGACAGAUAUGCAGAUAGACAUAAAGAAGGCUCACGGGACAGGAGAGGCGACAGGGACAGGGAUAGAAGAGAUGAGAGGGAAAGAGAGAAGAGAAGAGACAGAGACAGGUUAGAGGAUGGUAAGGGGGCUGAUGAGUAUUACAGAGAGAACAGAGACAGAAGACAAGACAGGGAGGAAAAACAUUACACGGAAAGGGACAAGGAAAGACUCAGAGAUAGGGAGAAAGAGAAGGAAAGAGACAGAAACAGACAUAAUGGGGAAGACAGGGAGAAGAGGAGGGAGGAAAAGGAAAGAAGGAGAGAAGAACAGGACAGGGAGCAUAAGAGUGAAAAGGAGAGAAGGAGAUACGGGGACACAAGAGAAGUGCAGGGAGAUAUGAUAGGAAAACAUGAGAGGGAAAAAAGAGAGCGGCAUAGAGAGAGACAGAGACACAACGAUGAAAACGAAGACGAGAGGAAUGACAGAGAAAGACGAGAGAGACACCGAGACAAAAAACACUCUGAGUUGAAGGAGGAAAGAGGUAUGGGCACAGUAGUGUGUGUGUGAUUUAGCUGGUCAUACUGUAUUUUAAGGACUUAUUUUUGUAUUUGUGUGUUUUGAUUUCAGAACACAAAGAAGAACACAGAAGACAUAAAGAGGACAGAGAAAGAAGACAUACCGAGGAGAAAGAACGGAGACAUAAAGAGGAGAGAGAAAGGAGACAUACAGAGGAGAGAGAACGGAGACAUAAAGAGGAGAGAGAAAAAAGACACAAUGAGAGGGGAUCUCAAGUAAGCAUCCUCCUGAUUUUAUCUAUAACUCUCUUGUCAGAAUCUUUUAGUCACAGUGUUGUGAUUGCUUUUCCUUCUCUCCAGGAUGAAAGGCGAAAGCAUGACAGCGAAUCCAGGGAGCAUCGAGGCUUGAAGGGGUCAAAUGAAGAGGACAGGCAUCACCAUGGUGACAAAGAGCGAGAGAGGGACAGACACAAGGAAAGAAGGCAUAGAGAGAGGGCAGAGGAGGAACCGGAAAGAAAUCACCAUAAAGACAGGAGCAGCAGCUCCAAGAAAACUGAAAAAAGCAACAGACAUGAGACUAAAACUGAGGUUUGUCAUUCUGAAAGUUACGCAGUAUUCUGUCGAGUAUUUAUAGGUUGUGUUAUCUAAUAGAUUUUAUGGCUUUUCCCUUUUGUUAUCCAGGAAGUAGCACCUGUAUCUGUAAAACAUGUUGGAGACUCAGAGAAGACUGUAAGAUGUUUGUUGGAUUGCUGUACAUUUCUGGGCACUUGGUUUUGGCGGGAUGGUGUUUCAUUGCCUCUAAAAUCUAGUUUAACAUAAAGACUUAUUUACAGUUUCUUAUAUUGCAUGAAUACAAAACCAUUUUCACCUCAUCCUGUGGUUGGCUACAUAAAUUACAAGCAGAAAUUUGGCCUUAUGAUCUUUUCUGUUGCAUGCGUGAGCCAACAGCUGUCUGCACUGCAUGAUGUACUCUCCCCCAGCUUCACCAUAAGGUCUCUACACACUUUUUAAAGUAUUUAAGAUGUUUACUACUUCAUGAAUGUAUGUCACCUCAGCAGGAAGUCAAUGCUGAAGAGCAGGCUGAGCAGGAAUAUGAAGAUGACUUUGAGGUAAUAAAUCAUUCUUUUAACUAUGAAAGAGGCUACAGUUGAAUAUUUGUGAAGUGAUCUCAUCAUCAUAAUUAUUUUUUUUACAUUAAUUCCCUUCUUUUGUAUCACUUUUGCAUGCUGUAAUCAAUAUACAUUCAAAGAAAGUGGUAAGUAUUUAGAGAUUUCAUGAAUGCAUCCAUUUUAUCCAUUUUCACGUUCAUACUUGGAAAGUUUUUGUUUGAGGCCAUGUUUUCAAAUUUAUGGCGAAACAUACUGUAUUUAGAACAGGAUGGGUUUUUCUCUGUUUACAGGAUUACGAGGAAGACUUUGAGGAAAUGGAUGAGAGCGCAAAUGAAGACGAGGGAGAGAAGGUGCCACAAAAUCAGGGGACAGAUGGAGAGAGGGAGGAACUUACAGCACAAAGGAGAAAAGAAAUCGAAGCAAUUCAAAGAGCGAUGGAUGAAGAGAAUGAAAGAGUGGGAACAGCUCAGUCUAGAAGCAGUACCAGCAGAGAUGAGGAGGAUGAGCCUAAAUGGACGAGAGGUACAGGUCCUUUAUAACUUUGAUGCUCAAACCAUGGUACUUAAGGUCUGUCUUUGGGAUAGGGCCUUAAACAGUAUUUUACAAUAUGGUAUGAUAGAAUAUUAUAUGAUACAGUACAAUAUGUUACAGUUUAUGUUGCACGAUACCUUGAGAUAAGAUGCAAUAAGAUACAAUACAAUAUGAUAGGAUACAAUACAAUAGGAUACAUAAGACAUGACACACUACAACACAAUUAGACACAACACGCUAUGAUACAACAUACAGAGUGAUCUGGCAUGAUAGGGUACAAUACAACACAUUAUGAUAAGAUACAAACUGAUUUGACACAAACCAAUACAGUUUAAUAUGAUACAAUGAGAAACAUAUUGCUUGAGUAAUCUUUAUGCUGUUUUAGGAAUGUUUUCUAUGUCUGAUGUCCUGGUUUCCUAUUGUAUGCUGAGCCAUGCCUAACAAAUACCAUACAAUCGUACUAUACCAAACCAUGCCAUGGACUCAAGUGCUGCAAAUUCCAAUUUGCCUCCACUGAAGUAUGAAUAAAUAAGCACAUUAAAAACAAGCAACAGUACAUAUGAAAAGUGAAAAACACAUUACCCAAACCUUACUAACAAAAUCAAUAAGAGAAAAGGAUAAUAACAUUGUGGCGCUUUUUCAAAAUUCAUUUUGUCCAAAGAUGGGGACAGUACUCUCUCUGCGAUAAACUCAGUACAGGCUGCUCUUAAAGUGGCUUGUCUAGAAACUAUCUGUUAAUGUCAGCAUGUUCUGUGCAGACUUAUGGGGGAUGUAUUCCAUCAUUUCUGCUUUUUUAACAGGAUCUGAGAAGAGUCAGAGUAGAGCCACCCACCGCGGGAAGUUUAUUGAUUUUGUGGCUGCGAAACAACGUGAAGUCAGCAAGAAAGUUGCAACAAAACAAAAGUAUUUAUAUAACAGAAUGUAAACAUACACCCUCUCAAAUUAUUUAGUGUGUAUCCAUUUAAGCCACACUUUAAUUUAUUUUUCCUCUUUCUACAGGAAACGUAGCACAGCGCUCCUUCGCUUAAUCGAUCUGGAUUUUUCCAUGACAUUUUCCCAUUUGGAUCUGCCGCCUGUUAAUGAAUAUGACAUGUAUAUUAAAAGCUUUGGAACUACAAAUACCAAGCAGGUCAGUGUUUUUUUUCCAUUGUGUCUUUCAGACGGCAUAGAUUCAUGGCCAAGAAUGAAAGAAAAAAUGUGUACUUCAUGCUCAUAUCAGAUGUGAAAUCUUCAUCCCUGUUAGGCUUAUGCUCAGUGUAAUGAAGACAAUGCUGACAGAGAUAUCCAGACAGAGGAGAUCGAGGUGUGUGAGAAGUGGACGCAGCAUCCUCCAGAGAAAAGUGGAGCCUGUGGAGGUAUAAAAAAGCCAAGAUAUGUUCAAAUGAAAAAGUGUUUACAUGUUGUUUUUAACAACUGUGUUUUUGUUCUGACAGAUCCAAAUCUCUCCCAGGGAGCCCGAGACAAAACCACAAGUGAUUUGAGUUUUGAUUCACAGCGCUUGACGGCUUUUCUGCACUCAGCCUCGCAGGUUUAUCUUUUAUCUCCUCUGAAAUUCUGGUUGUGAAUCAGUUCGUUGCUCCCCUCAUGAAAUUGCUUGUCUUCAACUCUAAUCUCUGAUGUCUUGUGUGACUGGAUGAAGGUCAUGGUUAUUCUGUUGGAAGAGGAUCAAGCUGAGAAAAAAUCCCUGAGGAAGCUCGAGUCUCAAACAGACGCACUGUCUUUCAGUGAUGGAAGUUUACAGCUUAACACUAAGUUGCCUUUUCUUAAUGGUAAAGAAAACCCCUUUAAAGCUCAUUUAGAAUAUGCUGUUUAGACCAAGUCAGGACAGGAUUAUGCAGCUUUCACAUGGAUUGUACCCCUUUUGUUUGUCGAUUGCAGGUCGCCACAUUAGCCUGGUGCACUUUUCUCAGGUCCAGAGAUACACAAUGAUGUCAGUCCAUAAACCAACAUCCAAACCUGGUGCUGUGCAUCUUGACAGCUGCACCAUCAUCUGCAUCUGGAACAUCAGAGAGCCAUCCAGACCCCAACAAAUUCUAGUCUAUGAAUCUGAGGUGAAAUCUUCAAGAUCCCUCUACAUGAAUUAUUAAGUUCAUGUUUCUUUAGAAGCUAACAUCUCCUAACAAACAUCACUUUGCUUUCCUUUUUGCAUAAACUUCCAUUUUUAAUUUUGUAAAAACGCCCAUAAAGACAUUUAUUCUUACUCUGAAAUCAAGUCUUAAGGUCACAGAAUAAUUUCAGACAUCCAUAAAAUGAUAUCCACCAAACACUGACAGAAGCUUCUUUGAAUGCUCCUGUUGCAGGUUCAGUGCUGUUGCUUCAGCCCUGGAAAGGCCACACUUGUGUUUGCAGGCACACCAGUGGGCUCUGUGGUUCUGUGGGACCUGAGGGAAAAUACUAGUAAUCACCUCUGCUCAAAGAUAGCAGAGAACGAAUGGACCUUUAGACAGCCAACAUUUUCAACAGGUAUGUAAAGAUCAAAGUUUAAAAAUUCAAUUUGGUGGCAUUACGGUCACCCUGGAAAAGUCAGCUGUGGGGUUGGAUUAUAACCUGUGUCAGCCACUGUGAUGUCUUGAAGUAGUUCAGUCAGCUAUGCCAGCAUCAAGGGUCUUUCUGACAGUCAGAGCAGCGCAGCUGAAGUGCGUGUACAUACACACUUAUCCUCUUCUCCCUGUGUGGGGGAUCUUUAUAACUGUAUUACUUGUGAAGCCGCACAAAUACAUAAUGUGUUGAAAUCAUGUUUUUGCACAUUUCAACCACAGCUGGACAAUCACUGUGAAUAUAUACUGCCAUAAUACCCAAUUCCAUCCUCCUUUUACCACUAAAAUAAAGUAAAUAUCAACUUUAUAAGACAAAGGUGGGUUUUCUGAUGCACUGAUAAAACUGUAUUGAAGCCUGUAGAAAAUUGUUUGAACUGAUGUUAAUUUUCCCAGAUUGUGCAUCAUUUUUGGGUCCUUUCUCUCUACAUUCCUCCCUUUGCAACUUGCAAAAUCCACAGAGCUAAAUUGAAGACUUGGUUAGCUUUUCUUACACCCAUGACAUGUAAAAUAUACUGUUUCCUGUGACUAAUAAUUGGCAAACUAAGAACCAGUGCAUGUCUGUAUUGAGCUUUGUUACAUUUUUCAGUCCUAAAAAGCAGUUUAAAAUGAGAUAUACUAGAAAAUGUAAGUUGUAUCUUUUAUUUAUUGCAAAAAAAUAGGUAUUCAUCUUUCAUUCAUCAUCAAACUUUAAUGUGUACACAUAAAGUAAGAGGAGAGGAGGGUGGAUUCACUAGUUAAAAUUAAAUAUUUACUUGUUGUUUCCAUACUUAUGAUUUUAACACAGGGUUUGUGGUCCAUCAGAAUAGCACAAAUUUGGUAAUCUAACUCCAAGCAUGUGUUUAAAAGCUUUUUUUUUUUUUUUGUCAGACUUCAUUUUGAGAAACCAAAGCUCCUUGGGCUUUCACUCUUUGUUCAUGUCUAUUUUACUCUUUGUACCGCGCUUCCAAGGAAGCAAAUGUCAGCAGGCAUUAAAAAGUAAACAUCCUCAUCUUCUGUAAAUGAGGGUUCAGAGCAGCGUCUGCCCUGUCUGUCUCAGAAGUUUAAAGGCUGUUUUCUUACGUAACAUUAGUGCUGAUUCAGUGUGUGCUGAUAUCCCCUCUUUUGUCAUCUUGUCAACACAGAUGCGGUGAUGGGCGGUUCAGGCCAUUUCUCAUCUGUGACAUCUGUAGAGGUUGUCCCCUCUGCUGUGGCAGUGGGGCUGAGGCCAGAAGUCCCCUUUUUGGCAUCUGAGGAAGGUAAGGAAUGGCCAACAAAUCAGUUUGAAUUCCAGGGUGUCUUUUUAAAGAUAUCCACUCUGUUUUUGUUGCAAGCACAGUCGAGUUUUAUCCUGUUUCUUAACUCAGAGUCAUCAGGAUUGUCCUUCCAGCUGGCUUCUCUGGAUGAGAGUGGGGUUUUAAAUUUCUGGGUAAGUUUGGCGAAAACAAUGUCUUUCAUUCCUUCCUGUCAAAAGUUGAAAGGUUGUACAAAGGAGGGAAAGGCAAGAGGGAAAGUGACAGGGGAAUGUUGGAAUAGUGUUCUACAAACAACAGGAAGGUCAGUCAUUGUUGCUCUGUCCCAAUAGCUGGUGUACCAGCAGGUUUACCAUUUCAGAGUUAUAACCCAGAACAAUCUAAACACACAGACAUGAUGUCAUAUCAAACAUAUCUGUGUGAUAUCUGACUGUAAAUCUACUUUUGGAUCACAAAUCUUAAAGAAAUCUAUCAAUCGUUGACUGUAAAACUGUGUGUGGGUUUCAAAGAGAAUCUACAUCGUACUAACUACUUAUUCCACUUAUUUUGAAUGGUUUGAAUUUGUUACAGCAUAAAUAAAAAGGCCAAAAAAAAGACAAGGUAGACGUUUUAUUCAACAGUCAACAAUCUAGCAUCUUUGAAUCCUUAAUCUAAAUUAGACAAAUGAUAAAAAUAGAAGUGCCAGAAUCCUUUCAUAUAAACAUUUUUAAUGUGGGAAUAUUGCUGCUUUUUGGACCAGCACCCUCCUCCGUCCAAUCAGAUACAGUCAUCCCUCUUCUGUAAAUGUAGCUGUAAACCCUGAUCUGCACAAUCAACAAAGUAAUGUCGUGAUAAUUCAGCACAAAUUCCUAUGUGUCCUUCAGGUGGUGGUAGAACUCCCGAAAGCCAAUGAGGCGGGCUCUCCAACAGAUCUCGGUAAGGCUGUCACGUUUUUUCAAACACUCCCCUCAUUUUUUUUCAUGAACACGUGGUCCCAGCUUCAUCCUCUGGUUCUCUCCUGCAGGGCUGAGGCCAGGGGGCAAAGUAAAGCUGCUUCACAGCUCCUCCCUCCUCACUGCUGAGAGGUGAGAUUGAUAAACAGCUUGUGAUGAUCAUCCGUCACUGCCAGCAAGUGCGCUCAAAAUACCCCACAAUGUCUGUCCCCAGAGGAACACAGCUGCUCAGUCGCCGUCAUAUGAUCUUGUUUGUUAUGAUCUGCAGGCUGUUGUUUUGUCACCUCAGGGUUUGAUGGGAACAUAUAGAGGGUCAUAUGUGUACAGUGUGAAUGUGAUACAGUGUUGUGUUGCAACGCCGCAGAGUUUGUUUUUGGAUGGGAAUGUUAUGACCUUUGACCUUGUUGGUUGGCAUUUUUUCCUUCUGUUGGCCUUGUUGGUUCUCAGGGUGUCACCUCGAGAUGCUGUGAAAACAGGACCCUCACAGACACUUCAUUUAAAAUUCCUACCAACAGACUCCAACCAUUUCUUUAUCGGCACUAAUAUGGUGAGUCAGCUGUUUUUGCAUCUGUAAUUGUCAAAUACCCCAAAUAUUCAUAUUUUUUCCCAUCCCAAAGCCCUAAAGAUGAUUUGUAUCAUUUUAUGAUUUGAUCUUGUUUUAGGGUCUGGUCAAUCACGGGACAAGUCACGGUUUAAAGGCUCCACCAAAGUAUUACAGGUUUCAGGAGGCUGGGGUCAGACCUGUUGAUAUCACCUCGAUCAACUUUAGUCCAUUUUUGUCACAUUUGUUUCUGGUGAGUGAUUGUUUUUAAGCCUUCACACUUCUCUAAAGAUAAGAAACUUAUAGAAAUGUUAAAGUAAAACAAAACAGUAAACUGCAAGUAUUUUAUGUUGGGCACAAAAGCAAUCUUACUACUCAUAUUUUAGAGUGCUUUGCGUCAGUCUUUCUGUAUUUAAUUCACUGCGAUAUCAACAAACCAUCCUUGAAAUAAAAUGACAAUGAUAUACUGUGAAACAUCUUCUCCAGGUGGGUUGUGGGGAUGGCGGUAUCAGGCUGCACACAGUGAGUCAUGAGCAGCCUGUGGCCGAGUGGACAAACGGUACAGCACGAGAACCUGUGGUCUCACUGCAGUGGACCCAAACCAGACCAACAGUCUUCUGCGCUCUCGACACAGCCUCUAACCUCCGCAUAUGGGAUCUGAUGAAGAAUGACACAGAGCCUGUAGUCACUGAAAGAAUCCACUCCGAUAGGUAACACUGCACAGAUUUUUCUUCAGAGGUUUUAAAAGUCCUCCUGUUGAUUCGUGAUGUGAAUGUGUGCUCUCUCUCCUCAGGGUGACGGCCAUGGCUGUGUUUGGGGACUCAGGGCAGCAAAACACAUACUCAGGAAUUGCUCUGGCACAUGAGUCAGGAAAAAUAGAAUUGCAGUAUUUCUCAAGAAACUUUACUGUGCCCAUUCUUGCUGAAGAGGACAAGUUGAAGGAUAUGAUGAGUGAAGCCUUCUGA